UUUGUCUGCGUGAGAGAAGUCUGAUGAUUCCGGAAGUUUAGCUUCGUCUUCCUCUCCGUCUCUCCGGAGUCCCCCGCAAAAAUAUCCCAACAAAAAUGAAGAUUCUCCGCAAGUUCAAAUUUCCCGCGAGAUCCAAAUCGCCGCUCUUUGUCUUUACAAUCGCCGGCGUAGCUAUUACCGCCGUCACCAGCAGCUCCGCCGUUUCUGUUUUCCGGGACUCUACUUCCAUUCACAACCCAAACAAAAUCGCGACGGCGGUAGAAGGCGUCGUCCGUUCUUCUCGCGCCAUCUACGCCAUCACUGUAACCGUCGCUGAUUACAAGUAUAGUUUGAGUAGAUUGACGGCGGAUUCCGAUGAUUACAUUCAGAGUUUAACAGAGGUUCAUGCACGGUCUGCCAAACGAAUUCUUAAACUGUGUGAAAGUAAUAAAGGUUUCUAUGUGAAAGCUGGUCAGUUCGUGGCCACGUUGAAGCUGGUUCCCAAAGAGUAUUCUUUGGCCCUUUCCUCGUUGCAGGACCAGGCAGUUCCUUGUAAUUUCCAAGAUAUAAAACACGUUCUGACAAGCAAUUUGGGUCGAAAUCUCUCAGAGAUAUUUUUAUCCUUUGAUGAGGAGCCAAUUGCGGCAGCAUCUAUUGCUCAAGUGCAUCAUGCUGUGUUAAAGGAUCAUCAGGAAGUAGCAGUAAAGGUGCAAUACCCUGGAUUGAAGCAGAACAUGAAGUUGGAUACAAUGAUCAUGUCGUUCCUUUCAAAAUCAGUUGUAAAGAUUUUUCCAGAAUACAGAUUUGACUGGCUGGUUCAUGAAUUCGUAAAGUCAAUUUCCCAGGAACUUGAUUUUAUACAGGAGGCAAAAAAUUCAGAGAGAAUUGCCACAAACUUCAAACAUAACAAAAUGAUUACUGUUCCGACAGUGUUUUGGGAGUUCACAACCGCUCAAGUCCUGACAAUGCAAUUCUGCAAGGGUUUCAAGGUUGACGAUGUGGAAGCCCUCAAAAGAACUAAUUUGAGUCCAGGAAAGGUUGCUAAAGUGUUGGUUGAAGUGUUUGCUGAAAUGAUAUUUGUUCACGGAUUCAUACAUGGCGACCCGCAUCCUGGAAAUAUACUAGUUUCUCCUGGAGGCAAGAAUGGCUUCUCUCUAGUUCUGCUAGAUCACGGAAACUGUAAGACAUUGGAUGAGGGAUUUAGGCAAGACUUUUGUCGGUUGUGGGAGGCUUUGAUUCUUCUAGACUCGACCAAAAUACAGGAAUUGGGAACACGGUUUGGGGUUGGACAAUAUGCCAAAUUCUUCCCUGUCCUCUUCACUGGAAGAACGAGUGAUAGCAAAUCAGGACUGGGGAAAGGAAUGUCUAUCCAAGAGAGGCAAAAACUGAAGCAGGAGCUGAAGCUUCUGAGAUUGGAAGACGUAACCACUUUCAUGGGGUCUCUUCCACCUGACUUUCUCACCGUACUGCGAACAGAUGGACUCGUAAGGUCAAUCACAUUGAAGUUGAGUGCUCCACAACGUGUGAGAUUACUCGCGUAUGCCAAAUAUGCGGUAUAUGGGCUUGGCUAUAACCCGACUUCUGAACCAGAUUUUGUUGAGAAGUCGAUGAUCUCCAAAUCGGUGAUGUUAAUGAGCUACAUCCGCUUAAGUCUUAUUCUGGAGUUGAUGGAACUUUUUCAAGGAGUGAAGAAGCUGAAACAUACCAUCUGUACCUUUUAUGGACGAGUCGUCGACGGCAUCACAAGAAGUGUAAAGGUAUCGAGUGUUGCAUCCAUUGUAUGAAGGUGGUUUUUAUGCUAGAGAAAUUGGUUCAAAAAGAGUAUUAUUGAUUUGGAAUUAGAAAUAAGAUCAUCCAUUCUUUGGCAUUUGGUAAUGCCACAGCUAGUCAGAACAAAGAACCAGUGAUAAAUGUAUGCCUGAUUUGUCUCGCAUGAAUUAAUGGUUAGCCUGUAAUUUUUACAGAUAACAACAUAUAAAG